AUGUCUGAAGAUGACGAAAAAGUUAAACUCCGUCGAAUUGAACCUGCCAUCCAGAAAUUCAUUAAAGUGGCAAUUCCAACAGAUUUGGAAAGGUUAAGAAAACACCAAAUAAAUAUUGAGAAGUAUCAGAGAUGCAGGCUCUGGGACAGAUUACACGAAGAGCACAUAAAUGCAGGACGAACAGUUCAGCAACUCCGUGCCAAUAUGAGGGAGAUGGAGAAACUCUGCGUGCGGGUCCGACAGGAAGACGUCCCAGCUCUGCAGAGAAUGAUCGAUCCCGUCAAAGAGCAAGCUUCACUUGCCAUAAGAGAAUUCCUGCAGCUCCAUUCUCAAUCUGCAGAAGAACUUAAAAGGCAGCUUGAAGGACAGGAGGAUGCCUCUUUAACCAGAUCUGUAACUGUAGGAGGAG